AUGCAAUUAUCAACCACAACUGUUACCAGCGCUUCACACACCGCAACCCUAGUGUAUGGUUCCCACACCAAUGUAGCAGGCCAGUCUGUAGAGUAUCGAGUGUAUCCAUUUUACCACUAUACGCCCACCUUGGCCGGUGCAGCGGUGUUUGCCGUGUUGUUCGGCAUCGCGUUUGUUACGCUCUGCGUGCAACUCGCCCUGAGCUGCAGAAAUAGAACACGCGCAGAACAGCAGCUGGAAAUCCCUGGUUUCAGCAAGGAAAACCCGUUCCAAAGCGUCAGCGAGCAGCUGGCUGACCCACAGCCGGUGGUUUUCGCACCCGUUACGCCGUGCACCAAUAAGAGAUUGGUCACGAAGUUCGUUCCAUUACUGAUCGGCAUGCUCACCGAGUGUGGAGGCUACAUCGCCCGGAUUGCUUCGAAAAACGAUGUGUACGCACUUGGUCCUUACGUGGCUCAGACCGUAAUGUUGCUGGUGGCUGCUGCGUUUAUGGCUGCGACUAUCUACAUGAAUUUUGGCCGUCUGUUGGUGCUGAUGAACGCUACCAGUGUCUCUUUUGUUCCCAUCCGCUUCAGUACCACCAUCUUUGUUGCAUGCGAUGUCUUGAGUAUUCUCCUGCAAGCUGCAGGCGGCAGCAUUAUGGGCGCCACGGAUGACCACACUCUGGGUUCCAACGUCACUAUUGCAGGUCUAGCGGUGCAAGUUCUGGUAUUUGGACUUUUUGUCAUCACAGAGAUUAGGUUUCUGCUCUUGGCAGACAAAGUGUCGCCUCUCACGCCUCGCAUCUCACGUCAGUGGAAGAUCUUGAACCUGAAUUUGUUCUGGUGCAGUAUUCUCAUUUUGGUGCGGUCCAUUGUAAGACUGGUUGAGUUCGUCCAGGGCUACAGCGGCUACAUUAUGGAGCAUGAAUGGUUUAUCUACGUAUUUGACGCUGUGCCCAUGUUUGUGGUCGGCUUGCUGUUUAUUGUUACCUUUCCUAAGGGCAAUUUGUUCAAGGUCGAGUUCGAGUGCACUUCCUUGCUCGAGUCCAGUCAAACCAGUGUAAAGAUUUGUCCCUGA